GAAUUACCUGCCGUGACCCCCCCCCCCCCCACACACACACACCUGCCACUUGAUGGAGGUUAAUGACGCCAACGUGCGGAGCGACCGUCGCGAUCCGGACGGGCCCGCUCAUCCUCGGGGUUUCCUUCCCCGCGAGGCCGGGAAGAGCGUCCACCAGCCGGCGGAACGCAGCGUGGAUUUCCCGGUGUCCGUGGUUCUUCCUGCCGGCGGCACCGGAGAGAGAACCGGACUGCAGACACCGAAGCAGUUCUGCUCGUUUCUGGGUCGGCCGCUCAUAAGCUACACCAUCCAGGCUUUCGAGAGGGUGUCGUGGAUCCAGAGCGUCGUGGUCGUCGUGGCCGAAGACAACACGGACCUGAUGACGGACAUCGUCCAGCGUUUUCGGCACGGGAAGGUCCGAGUGGUGCCGGGCGGCUCGACUCGCCACAGGUCGAUAUGGAACGGAGUCCUGGCCCUGGGCGAGGGCGAGGGCGAGGGGGCGGUGGUCAUCAUCCACGACGCCGUGCGGCCUUUUGUGGACGAGGACCUUCUGUACGAGAUCGCCACGGCCGCCAAGGAGCACGGGGCAGCGGGAGCUAUCCGACCUCUGGUUUCCACGGUGAUAGCCUCCACGUCAGAGGGCUACCUGGAUCAUUCUCUGGAGCGAGCCAAGUACCGAGCCAGCGAGACGCCGCAGGGAUUCACUUAUGAUGUCAUCUACCGAGCCUAUCAGCAGUGCAGCGAGUCAGACUUUGAGUUUGGCACCGAGUGUCUCCAUCUGGCGCUGCAGUACUGUGGCACCAAUGCCAAGCUCGUCCAGGGGCCGCCAACGCUGUGGAAGGUGACCUACAAAUGGGAUUUAGCUGCUGCGGAGUCCAUCAUCAAAGACGCUCUGUCGCGGUCGGCCUGCGUCAUCACGGGCGGGUCGGCGCCCGCCGCCGCGCUGGCCGGAGCCCUCCGGGAGGCCGUCGGCGCCCUCGGCACGGAGCUGGAUGUCAUCCCAGAUCUGAUGGGAGACAACGCCAGGUGUCUGGUAAAGGAGAGGAACUUCAUCCUGGUUUCUGUCGGUCCUUCUCGACUACCUGAAGUGGAAGCGUUGCUGACGGAGCUGGAGGCAGCCAAUCGGGCUCUUCUCCACCCGCUGGUUGUCAUUUGGGUGCGUUUGAGCGACUCCGAUGAGCCGUCCGUCAGCGGGAGAGCGGCGGAGCCGGCGGCGAUCAUGGACCUGUCCUCGGCUGCUAAGCUCCGAAAUAUUCUCCUCUACGGCAUCCAGCUUCACCAGUCAAAGGACACAGGGCGUUGGGAGAGGUCGGUGUCGCGGGUCGCCGAGCUCACGUCGGCCCUGAUCCGGGACCGGAGCCCCGCCCUGGUGGGACAGCUUCUGCAGGCCUGAAGAGAAACGGCACCAGCAGGAAGAGAAGAAGAAAACAACUUCAUGUGUGCAGACUCUCAAGCUCCAUAUCCCACAAUGCAACAGUUUCCUGCCUGGCAAACACCUGCCUGUCUUUGAAAGCUUCAGAGUUAAAGCUCGUCUUCACUCCAUUCGAGCAUCAUUUGAAGGAGAUACAAGAUAUUUGGUGAAUAAAGUUGUUGUUUUUGGGUAAAUAUCUAUUGGAGAUAUCCACUCAAAGUAUUUAACAGAUGCUCCACCUGGAGCUGGAACACUAACGUGUAAUAUGAAUUUGCUUCUAUUUCUGUACCCCAUUAAAAAUAAAAAGCUUAUUUAAAAAAUA